AUGAGUACAACAAUUGUUCAAGAUACUUUGACCGUUGGCAUUGAUAUUGGAGAUAUUAUUCAGAAUAAUCCACGAUUAAACAAUGAUGUUUUACCUCUUAUACUUGCAAAGUUUCGAUCAAUUGUACCAAACGCCAAUGAAGUUCCUGAAGAUGAUUUGAAGAAAGAGAUCCAAAGAAAAGUAUGCCUAUUUGCAUUAUUCCUUUCUUCUACAUCUGUUUUUGUCUACAUUGGAUUUGAACACUUUCCAACAUUAAAUAUGCUGAAAAGCAAAGCCAAAUUCAAAGCUGGUCAUCGUAAAAUAGAGUCGUAUCACUAUUGCAGUAAUUUGAUAAAAGUUGCAAUUAAAAAUCGAAAGGUGAAUAACACCGCAUUCAAACAAAGUGAUCUUGAUACAAGUCUAGUUAAUUUUAAUAAUCCAACAACUGUACCAUCAAGUGUUCUCGCUGGUUUCUCGACAGUGUUUCAGCAAAAACGUUCUGAUCAAAGUAAUUGUUGUCAAGCACGAAAACGUAUCAAAACCGUUCAAACAACCGCUACUGGUCCUCAUUCCACUUGUUCUGAUGACGAAUCCUUCCUCAAAUACAGUUUACGUGAUAGAUCAAAACUGACAAAAAUACAAUAUGAUUAUAUGACGUAUUAUGAAUCCUCAGAAGACGACGACGAUGAUGGAUCUGCUGAUGAUGCUCUGCUAUCAAAUGUCAAACUUUUAGAAUUUAUGAGAUUUAAAGAUAAAUAUAACAUCACUGAUGAAGCCAUUAGAAUUUUGAACCAGUUGGAAUCAAUACAUGGCUCAUGCCCAACAUUAUACCAUUUGAAAAAAUUGAGAGCUACAUUAAAUAAAAAUAUUCCAAUUAAGAAAUGUGAUCAAGGUGAGUGUGCAUAUUUAGAUAUAAAUGAUGCUAUUAAACUAUUAAUUCACAGUGAUCCAUCUGUCUUGGAUAAUACUGACAAUCGAAAACUACAUGUUAAGCAUAAUAUGGAUGGUACUACAAUUGGAACAUCAACAAAUUUUCUAAUGUCUACUAUUACGUGUAUUGAAUCUGGUGCAAAACAGCAGACAGCUCCAAAUGUUAUACCAUUAGGUCAGUUCAAAUUUGAUAAGGAGAACAGAGCGGAAAUUGAACGUGUCAUACCAGAUGAUUUUAUCAAUAUGAUGGAAAAGAAUUAUGUGCAAGUUAUUCCUGACAUUUUGCAUAUGAAAUUAAGAAUAUCAGAUACAUUACUAGCCGAAAUAAUAUCAUUAAUUAGUGUAACAAAUACAAUAGCUGAACGACCACAACACUUAGAAAACGUCAUGACUUUUUUGAAACAACGUGCAAAAGAUACUCGAACAAACCAUAAGUUUACAUUAACACGGAAAAACGAAAUUGAAGUUUCAGGAAGACUAAAUUCUCAAAUGCAUGAACAUUUUUUACGUGAUUUACCAUUAUCUGCUAUAAUGAAAGACAAUCAGAAAGCAUUUUUUAUCAAGAAAUUAUGCAACGACUUUUUCGAUUUAAUGCGGUUAUAUAAUCUUACUAAUAUAACUAAAACUCUUAAACAACAAUCAAUUACCUGGUGUGAGAGAUUUAAAAGCUUAUUUGGUGCUGAUGCCGUAACGAUUUAUAUACAUGUUCUUGGCAACCAUGCAUUUGAAUUUCACCAACAAUAUGAUAAUCUUGGAUUGUAUAGUCUACAAGGCAAUGAAAAAUUCAAUGAUGUAACAACAAAAGACUUUUUUAUGUCAACAAAUAAAAGAAACUUCAAUACUCAAUUAUUACACAAACGUAUACGCCUAAGACUACUUGAUAUAGCAUUGAGACAAGGUGGAUUAACUGCAAUCACUAAAUUAUUUUUCAAUUGGAAUAUAAAAGAUACUAUUUCAGCUCAAGAAUCAUCACUAAAUAAAUUAUUUUUUCCUCAAAGAAGAUACUCAACUUUGAAAUAUGUAAUUGAUGAUGAUGAUGAAGAUAAUUUAUAUCAUAUCUCGACAGAAUUAAAAUCAAACACAAUUAAUCAACUUUUAUGUGAUGCUCUGCAUAUGACAACUCGAGAUGAAGAUCGAAUACUUAAAUAUUUAUUUCAUGGUCUUAGAUGUUUAGAUAUUGGUGAACAAUUAAUUCGAACAAAAUCAAUUUAUGAUUUUAAACGUGUAUCAUAUGUAUUAUCGGAAAUAAAACAAAUAUUUAUAAAUAAUAUGAAAAACAUUGAUUUUGUUGUUGAUUAUUUAAAAAAUAAAAGUGAUGGAUACAAAAGAAUAAUCGAUGAAUUUGUACCAACAAAUAUUAUUAAUGGUGAAUUUAAAGUUCAUAUUACAAUUCGUAAUCGAAAUAUACAAAAAUUUUUAAAUAUCUGUAAAAUAAAUAAUAUUAAAGUAAUCUGUAUUCAUUUAAAUGAUGAAGAUCAUAUUGAACAAGUAAUGACAUCUUCAUAUCAUGUUGGAAUAUAUUCUGAUAUAGUUGAACAAAUGAAAACUUUAAUUACCGAUACAUUUAAUGAUUUUGAUAUAACGAGAUUAAAAAUAAAAUCAUUACCAUCGAACAAUGGUAUACCAGAGAAUGAUAUUGAUAAAUUAUUCUUUUGGGAUAAAAAAUCAAAUUAUUUCGAAUUUCAUUAUAAAAUAUUUAUUAAAUCAAAAAAUAAAUUGAGACAAUUAAAAAAAUUAUGUCAACAACAAAAUCUUUAUCUAUCAUAUAAUGCAUUUGAAAAACCAUCCAUAUAUAAUAUGUAUUAUAUUGUUACAAUGCGAUUAUUUAAUAGUGGUAGAAGAAAUGCAUUAAUCGAUAAUAAUACUAUUAUUCAAUAUUUAACAAGAAAUGAUUUUUUACCACUAAAAGUCGAACAAUAUUUCGUAGUUUAUGAUUCAAAUAUUAACUUGGAUAAGAGAUGGAAAAGAAUUACAUCAGAUUUACCACAGUCUAAGUCAGAAAUUGUUAGGAUUCGUCAUGAAUAUCGAAUUGGUGAUAUACGUCGAAAAGUACCUAAGAGAUCUACCGAAUGGUUCCUUUUAGUUUUGUUUUUACACCAAUGA